AUGACAUCCCCAAUCAUUCACAUCCUAGGAGAUGACCCUCAUACGACACACCGGCUGAACGCAUGUGCCUACCAACAGUCCGCCAUAACCACUUUUAAUGGGUGGCAGUAUGUCGCAUUCUAUACAUCGAGCCCAACAGCCGCCCGGCGCGUCACCCUUGCUCGCCGGGCCCUUCAAACCCAGUCCUGGCAAUAUCUAACCUUCAACGACUACGAGCAAACAACAGAUGACGGCCAUAAUACCAUCUCGAUCGGGAUCUGCCCCGGAGAUGCCACCAUCCACCUCUCGUUCGACCAUCACUGCGACGUCCUGAAAUAUCGAAUCUCUCGACUCGGUCUCGCCGCCGACACAGACGAGUCUAGCUGGGUAGGCGACAAUUUCAGCCCGAUCCAGAAUCACCUCCCAGGGCAAGGUCCCAGUCCUCUGAAGGAUGUCACUUAUCCGCGGUUCCUCCCUGCAGGGCGGGAUCUUUAUUUCGAAUGUCGGAUUGGGAAAGCCGGUGCUGGCUCGGAUAUCCUUCAUCGCUACACCCCAGCAACAGCACAAUUCACGUCCCUGGGAACCUACCUCGUAGGCCAUCGAUGCAAUCCCUACCCCAACGGAAUAUCCUUCCAUCCAGAAACCGCCGCUCUCCACGUCACCUGGACAAACCGCCACUUCAUCGACUACGACGGCGCAGACGACCAAGACUCCACGGCGCAUAAAGCGCAAGCUGGACCCAACGGGCCCGAGAACAACGAGGGGCUCUAUCACUCGUAUAGCACUGACGGUGGAGCUACAUGGCUUAAUUCAGCCGGGGGAUUAGUGGCAUCGCUAUCCCCCGAGACAACGACUGGGUUGGAUUCUCAGGAUGCGCGGCUCCGAGUGAAGAUUAUUCCGCGCGACAGUGGCAUUAUGAACCAGGAAGCUCAGUACAUUGAUUCCCAUGGUGGUGUGCAUGUGUUGAACCGUGAGAAUACGUCCGGACGGGAGAUGUGGGUUCAUUAUUAUCGGGAUCCCGGGGUGGGUGGGUGGUCGUUCUAUGCGGUUCCUGGCGUCUUUCCGACUGCCACGGGGCCGAGGGGGAAGGUUGUUUACUGUGGGCGGUCGAAUGUGGUUUAUUUGGUUCUUCCGGGGAAUACGCAGGAUGGGUUGAUUAUUGCGAGAAUGAGUGGCCUGCAGUCUUUGGACCGGGAGUUUGAAGUAGUCUGGCGGAGGAGAGGGUAUGUAGGAGAGCCGUUGGUGGAUGAGGAGGCUUUCUUACAUUUUGGCAUCUUGUCUGUCUUUACUAUGUUGGAGAAAGACCCUGCGGAGAGGAGGAUUGCUGUAUUGCAAUUCGACGUGGACGAGUUGGCAAAAUAA